AUGACUAUUGAUAUGAAUAUAUUGUCACAGGUUGUCACAGUCAUUACUGAUGGUAUGGAAUUUAUUGGUGUUAUUUCUCCCUGUUUAAAAGAUUUUGUUGAUGCAUGUACUCUUAUUUUGCCUAUAACGAUACACAUCGAUGAAGCUAAGGCUCAAGUCAAACCAUUAACAAGACAGCUUGAAAUUUCAAGAAAACAAUUAACUAAUGAAAAUGCAAUAAAGUUAACUACUGACCAACCAAUCAAAGUCACUUUUGAAAAUGUUUCAUUUUCAUAUCCAAGUAGAAAAGAAGAAACUAUAUUGCAUAAUGUAUCAUUUACAAUUGAUGCUGGUAAAACAAUGGCACUUGUAGGAAGUUCAGGAAGUGGUAAAAGUACAUGUGUUCAACUUGUUCUUCGUUUCUAUGAACCAACCGAUGGUCGAAUCAAAAUUAAUGAGCAUGAUAUUACAGAGUUUGAUAUUUAUAAUUACAAUCAAGCUAUAGGAGUUGUUAGUCAGGAACCGAUAUUAUUUGCAAGUUCAAUUCAAGAUAAUAUUCGAAUUGGUAGAAAUGACGCAACACAAGAUGAUGUUAUUGAAGCAGCUAAACAAGCUCAUGCUCAUGAUUUCAUCAUGCAGUUACCUCAAGGAUAUGAAACAAUAAUUUGUGAUGGAUGUAUGACACUAAGUGGUGGUCAACGACAGCGUAUUGCUUUAGCACGUGCUCUUAUUCGUAGACCGUCUCUGCUUAUUCUUGAUGAAGCAACGAGUGCACUCGAUUCUUCAAGCGAAAAGAUUAUACAACAAACACUUCAGCAAACUUCUAAAGGUCGAACCACUCUGGUUAUAGCUCAUCGACUCUCGACCAUACGCCAUGCUGAUUGGAUACUUGUUUUGAAAGAUGGUGUAGUUAUUGAACAAGGUUCACAUGAUGAUCUUAUAGCUGCAAAGAAUAUUUACUUUGAUCUCUUUAAAAACUAUCAAGGAGAAACUCUCAAUGUUCAACCAAUAGAAGAAGCUAAUAUAAAUCAAUCUGAAGAUAGUUCAACUGAAAUCAUUUUGGAUCAAGAGAUAAAUACUCAAUCAAUAAAUAUCAUUGAACUAGCAUCUAUGAUAAGCUUCGAAGAUUCGACAGAAAGAGAUGAAGACCAAGGUUGCCUGUCAGUGGCCGGUAUUCGCUUAACCAAUCGAUUACGUAUAAAAACACUUGAAUGUAUAUUACGGCAGGAAGUUGCUUGGUUUGAUGAAACUCAAAAUGAUGUUGGUUCUUUGUGUUCACAACUUUCUACAGAUGCACAUGAAAUUCAGGAAGUAAUAACUGUUAGUUAA